CCUACGGGUACUCUGGUACCUACAGGACCUAUGGGUAUCGUGUGCAGCUUUCUGGGUAUAUAUAGUGUGCUCCAGGACUGGAAGACCAUACUCGAGCCGUGGACAUCACGGCUUGAACAAAGUAAAGUGAUAUUUUGUGGAGCAGUAGAAAAUCUUGUGUAAUACAAGAUGUCGGAUGCUAAGAAGAACCUGUUGCUAUUCUUCGACCGGCCCUCGGAGCCGUGCUUCAUGCAGAAGGGAGAUGAGAAGGCCGUCUUCGAGAUCCCUGACCACUACUACCCGGACAAAUACAAGCAGUUAACAAGCACGAUCUCCAACCGUUUCGGUGGCGAUGCCGGCCGUGCUAUCCCCGUGCGGAACAUCGCUCUGCCCAACCUGGCUCUCCCCAUGGAGCUGCCCUACAACGACCAGUUCUCGCUCUUCGUGCCCAAGCACCGCGUCAUGGCGGGCAAGCUCAUUGACAUCUUCAUGGGUAUGCGAGACUUAGAAGACCUGCAGUCGGUGUGUUCCUUCUGCCAGCUGCGCAUCAACCCUUACAUGUUCAACUACUGUCUGUCCGUCGCUAUACUGCACAGGCCCGACUGCAAGGGCGUGAACAUCCCCACGUUCGCGGAGACGUUCCCGGACAAGUUCAUGGACCCCAAGGUGUUCCGCAAGGCCAGGGAGGUCAGCAACGUUGUCACCUCCGGGAACAGGAUGCCAGUGACGAUCCCAGUGAACUACACAGCGAACUCGUCGGAGCCGGAGCAGCGCGUGGCGUACUUCCGCGAGGACAUCGGCAUCAACCUGCACCACUGGCACUGGCACCUGGUCUACCCCUUCGACUCGGCUGACCGGUCUAUUGUCAACAAGGAUAGGAGAGGAGAGCUGUUCUAUUAUAUGCAUCAGCAGAUUAUUGCUAGAUACAACAUGGAGCGUCUGUGCAACGGCCUGCAGCGAGUCCGUCGCUUCAUGAACUUCCGCGAGCCCAUCGACGAGGGAUACUUCCCCAAGCUCGACUCGCAGGUCGCCAGCAGGGCCUGGCCGCCUAGGUUUGCGGGCACGACAAUCCGCGACCUGGACCGUCCGGUGGACCAGAUCCGCGCCGACGUGUCGGAGCUGGAGACCUGGCGGGACCGCUUCGUGCAGGCUGUCGAGAGCCUCACUGUUACACUGCCGAACAACCGUCAGAUGCCACUAGACGAGGAGCGAGGCAUCGACAUCCUGGGCAACAUGAUGGAGUCGUCCAUCAUCAGCCCCAACCGCGGCUACUACGGCGACCUGCACAACAUGGGCCACGUCUUCAUCUCCUACUCCCACGACCCUGACCACAGGCAUCUGGAACAAUUCGGCGUGAUGGGUGACUCGGCGACGGCGAUGCGUGACCCGGUGUUCUACCGCUGGCACUCGUACAUCGACGACCUCUUCCAGCUCUACAAGUACAAGCUCAACCCUUACACUGACGAUAAGCUGGACUUCCCCGGCAUCCGCCUGUCCAGCAUCUCCCUGGAGGGCCCGGCCGGCAACAACACGGUGGGCACGUUCUGGGAGCUGAGCACGGUGGAGCUGGGCCGCGGGCUCGACUUCACCCCCCGAGGGUCCGUGCUCGCCAGGUUCACGCAUCUGCAGCAUCAGGACUUCACUUAUGUUCUGGAAGUGAACAACACCUCAGGUCAGGGUGUGAUGGGCACGGUCCGCAUCUUCAUGGCGCCGACGGUCAACGAGCAGGGGGAACCGCUCGGCUUCGACGAGCAGAGGCGGGCCAUGGUCGAGCUCGACAAGUUUACUGCUGGAUUACGUCCGGGUAACAACACUAUCCGUCACCGCAGUCUGGACUCGUCUGUCACCAUCCCCUACGAGAGGACCUUCCGCGACCAGUCUGCCCGUCCCGGCGACCCGGGCAGCUCGGAGGCGGCGGAGUUCGACUUCUGCGGCUGCGGGUGGCCGCACCACAUGCUCAUCCCCAAGGGAACUGCUCAGGGGUACCCCGUCGUGCUGUUCGCCAUGAUCUCCAACUGGGCUGACGACAGGGUGGAACAAGACCUAGUAGGGUCCUGCAAUGACGCAGCCUCCUACUGCGGUAUCCGCGACCGUCGCUACCCCGACAGGCGCGCCAUGGGCUUCCCCUUCGACCGCCCCGCGCCCGCGCAGGCGCUGACGGACUUCCUCAGGCCCAACAUGGCCGUUAACGAUGUCACUAUAAGGUUCUCUGAUACUACCAGACCCAGGCAGCAGAGGCGGUCUGACCCGUCUGACGCGUCUGACCGUCUGCCCGCGAGGGCGGAGCCCCGGCGCAGGCCUUGCGGCUGUCGGGAGUACGGCCCGGGCGAACUGGCCGCUAGUAUAAAGAAACCUUAUUAUUAUACUAAGUGUCAUCAUAAACAUCAUUGUUUUUAAUUUUAAAUAUUUUAACUGUAGAAGAUGACCAUUUAAUAAAUAAGUAACUAAUCAUCUUGCAAGGAAAAUACAUAUUUUGAAUAGCAAAGAUAGGUCUACUCUACUCUUUUUACCCGACUGUGCAAGCAAAGGAGGGUAAUUAUCUCCAUUUAUAGAGUUAUUAUAAACCAUUUGUAUCAUGUUGGUCUGUCUUUUAGCAUCUAUCAGGUCGUUUCUCAAUAUAAUAUAUGUAUACUAUGUUCUAAUAUAAUAUAUCUAUGACAAUUCAUACUAUGUAAUGUUUAUUUAACUUAACUGUUGUUAUAUAUGCAAGUAAGCUGGCACCCAAUAGACAAUUAAGUAAAAAUCAAUUAACAAUUUGUGUAAUGACAACUACAUACAAAUUACGAUGCAUAUCUUACAUUUUUUAUUGCAUUUCUGAUACAUAACUGCGUUUAAAAAUAACUACUUAAUUUAUGCUAAAUAUAUUAAUUAGGAUUCUUUCAAAUAAUGUUGUUACUGAAACGAACUUGGCUUAUAUGAUACCGGAUUCCGAUUUUACUUUUAUAUAUCAUAUUUAAUAGUAUAUAAGUUUAGUUAUAAGUAAACGGGUCUGUAAAUACGUAGAAUAGUUCCUAAUAUUAUGUAUAUAGUGUAAAUACAUUUGUGACUCUUGAGACUGAAUAUAUUAGCCUUUUGCCAA